AUGCAGGAAGUGUUCCGCAUGAGCGAUCUUGGCCUUCUCUCCUAUUAUCUCGGCAUCGAGGUACACCAGAGCGACAGUGGCAUCACGCUCCGUCAAGCCGCGUACGCCGACAAGCUUCUGGAGCGCGGCGGGAUGCAAGACUGCAAUCCUGCCUUGGCGCCCAUGGAGUCCCGCCUCAAGCUGAGCAAGGAGAGCAACACUCUAGUCAUCAAUGCCACGGAGUAUAGGCGGAUUAUUGGUGGACUCCGGUAUCUGGUGCACCCGGCCGGACCUGGCCUAUGCGGUAGGGUACCUGAGCCGGUUCAUGGAGUCACCACAUGA